AUUAGUACUAAACAAAACCCCGUAAUGAUGCUGAUGUUUCUCCUUCACUGCUACUAGUAGUGUAGUUAGCGUGGUCUGCUUGUGCCGCCUUCGCUUCUUAUUUUUCCCGCGAAUGUACGGCCACCCUUUCCAGUUCCGCGGCGGCUAUCGACACCCGCCGCCGCCGCAGCAGUCUGCAAACCCUAACAACAACUUCUUCCAACAACCGGCGCUCCCAAAUGUCCCGAACCCCAACAGCGUCUUCUUCCAACCACCGCUGCCGCCGUCUUUCUCAUUCCCAAACACCUCUUGCCCUUUCCCUCCUCAGAACCCAUCCCCUCCUCCGCCUCCGCCUCCAAACCCUAAUCUCGCAAUCGAACACGCCGACCGCGCCAUCGCCAACGCCUGCCGCGCUCUUCUCGCCGCCGGCGACUCCGUCUCGGCGUGGACGGUUUCCCAGAACGCUCUCCUCACGCUCCAGGUGGAUUCAUGGAACACGUUGGGCAUCAAAAUGCAGCAAGUUCCCUCACUUCAUCGGCUUAUGAUGACCGAAGGCAAGGUGAAUGCUUUUGUCCAUUGCUUUGUCGGGGUCCAGAGGAUCACUUCAUUGUAUGAUUUGGAAGUGGCAAUAUGCAAGAAUGAGGGUGUCGAUGACUUUGAAGAGCUAGGGUUGGGACCUUUCUUGCGGCACCCCUUGGUUAUUCAUUAUUUCUCGCUUCGCUCUGAUGUUACCCAGGUGUAUAAGAUUACCACUGAGGAAAUAAUUCAGUUGCUAAUUGAGUUUUUGGAUGCUUCUAGAAGUAAUGAAUUCAUCAAGGUUGAACAGUUUUUGGAUUUUAUUGCCAACAAGCGAUUGGUUGAAUGCAAGGAAUGGCUUGGGAUUCGGAUUCAGAACUUGGGAAUGCAUAUAUAUGCCAUACGGGAAGCUAGAAAUUCAGAGCAAUCUGCCAUGCGGGAAGUUAGAAAGUUAGGGCAAUCUGCUCGACGGGAAGCUAGAAAGUUAGGGCAAUCUGCUCGACGGGAAGCUAGAAAGUUAGGGCAAUCUGCUCGACGGGAAGCUAGAAAUUCAGAGCAAUCUGCCAUACAGGAAGCUAGAAAUUCAGAGCAAUCUGCUGUACAGGAAGCUAGCAAUUCAGAGCAAUCAGCAUACGAGAAAUGCUUGGAGUCAUUUUUGAAAAAUGGGAAGUUCCGGUACCGUACUAUUCCUUCCUCUCAGAAAAAACAGUUAGAUGAACGUUUUAAUGCCAUUACUCAGCGUGUUGAGUCUUUUUCUCCUGUAAAAAAGUCUUUUUGUGGAAAGCAUAAAAGAUUUAUGUCAUCAGCCUCAGAAGAUGAAGAUAGUGAUUCUUCUACAGAUGAACAAAGUAAUAACAUCAUUAAGGGUAGCCAGUCAAACCCAUCAUCACAAUUCACUAGAAGUUCAGAACGAGUGAGUAGUUGCCCUUACCCAUCUGCAACUGAAGAGAAGGCUCGACUUGGGGUGAGGAGUGAUAUGGCGGGGCACUCCCUUGUUAAUAGCAACCUUAAAAAAGGAUUUAGUGAGCAACCUAGAAAAAAAAGAAAAUUUGAAAAUGCAACUUCUACAAGAUCUGCUCCUUAUAAGUUGCGUAAGAGAAACAAACUUGGAGUUGUAACCCCAAUCAAUACUGGUAACAAAACCAAGGUAUCAACCAAUAUUGAUGAAGAUCUUUCAAUUUCUAAUGAUUCUUUGCAGAUGUUUGUCACAACCUGGAAGAUGGCAUGUUCGGAGCACAAGGUUGCCGAGGUUUUGGAGAUGAUGCUUCAAUUCUCUAAAGUAAACCGUUUCCAGAAGAGGAAAAUCAAAAAUUUGUUCUCAUCAUAUCCUUUCAUUGGGUUACUGAAUGCUGCUGUUUCAUCUAUCAAAUCUGGAAUGAGGAACAACAUCUAUGAUACCUUCCAAGCUAUCAUCGAUAAUGGAUUGGGCAACUCACUGACCAAGGGUUCUGAAUACGAUACUAUAGACGUUGGACCAGGCCAGGAAAAUGUACCGGUCAUAACUAAGGAUAACACAGAGAAUACAAAGUGUAUUUCUUCUGAUGAUGUCAUCAGAAAAAUUGGAACUUAUUUUGACCAUGGCAAUGAUAUAAAUAGAAAUAGUAACGACUCACUAGUGCAAUAUAGAAUUAUGUUGUGGAGGAAGUUUUGCAGCUGUGAAAAUUGGGUGGCUGAGCAGUUUGGUAUGAAAAAAUUCGAUUCUCUUGGUUAUGGAGAUUUCUUAUCAUUCCUUGAGAAGCACCCUAACCAGUUACCUCAUGAACUACUGAAGUUGUUGGUUGGUGACACGUGCGAAAAUUCCUCUUUCAGGGCCUGUAUGUCCUCAAAUCAAUUGAUUGCUCUAGUAUCUCAGGCUCUAAGUGGUUUGUGGGAGAAUGAAACAAUAACCAAGCAAAUGAUAUCCAUGCUGCUUAUGAGGCAGUUCCCUUCAAUUAAUUUUGAACUUGUGGAAAAUGGCUCUCUUGUGGAUCUGCUGGAUACUGUUAAGGGGCAUACAUCUAGCGUGACUUCAAAAUGUGUUGUAUUUUCUGCUACUAUUAUAGAAAAGAACUAUAAUGGAGACUCAUCAAGUGAUAGAGAUAACAAUUGGUCAGAAAUUCCCACUGAUAGGUCUGAAACGAGCCAUAAAAAAAGCACUGAAACUGUUAUAGCAAAAAAUGCAAUUGAAGUCUUGCUGAAGGCGCCAAUGUUGUCUGACUUGAGCAAGUGGUCUCAUUGGGAUCUUAGGUUUGCACCCUUCCUAGGUCCAUUUAUAUCGUGGCUGUUGAAUGAUGUAAAUACCAAGGAACUGUUUUGCUUAGUUACCAGAGAUGGAAAGGUGAUACGGAUAGAUCAUUCUGCUACCUUGGACUCUUUCCUGGAGGCUGCAGUUCAAGGAUCCUCUUUCCAAACUGCAGUGCAUUUGCUGUCUCUGAUCUCACUUGUUGGGGGAGAAAAAUAUGUUCCAUUGUCACUUCUAAAAUGCCAUUCCUGCCAUGCAUUUGAAGUUAUGUUCAGAAACUCUGUAGAAGAUGUUGAAGUUAGUAAUGAUGGGAAUGCUCUCCACCAGUCUGUGGAAGCAUUAAGUAAAACAAAAUUUUUAACUGAAAUUUCAACUGCUAAAAUGAGAAGUGUGUUUAGCAAACACAUGCAUAAAGUGAGUAAGGUAGCAUCCAUUCUGUCAAGGUUUGUCCUUGAUUGUCUUGGUAACUUACCGGCUGAAUUUCACAGUUUUGCUUCUGAUGUGUUGCUUUCUGGGAUGCAAUCUGUUUUCAAGGAUGCCGCUUCAACUAUUUUAUGUGAAUGCAGCAAUAUGGAGCAACGUCUCAUGCUUCAUGAAAUAGGGUUAUCUCUGGGUAUUUCUGAGUGGAUUAAUGAUUACCAUGCACUUAUUUCAAACAACUCUUCUGACAUUCAUUGUGCUCGUGUUUCAUGCUUAAAAGAUGCCACAACUGAUAUAAACACAAGUCUGAAGCUUGACCAAGUUACCUUGGAUAAGUCUCCUAUACCUGAAGCAAAUAUGGUUACAUCUCUUGUACCCCAUCGACUUAUUGAAGGGUGUACAGAAAUCAUUGAAACAGUUGAUCCAGAAAAAUCUAAUGAUGAAUCUAACACUUGCUGUCUGGGAAAUUCAUUUCAACAUGUCGAAGAUAUGGAUGCUUCUCGGCUUAUUGAAUCUAUUAGGCGAGAUGAAUUUGGCCUAGAUUCAAGUCUUUCUGAUAUUGAUAGUUGCAUGUUGAAGAAGCAACAUGCUCGGUUAGGUAGAGCACUGCAUUGCCUUUCACAAGAGCUAUAUUCUCAAGAUUCUCAUUUUAUUCUUGAAUUGGUUCAAAAUGCAGAUGACAAUAAUUAUCCAGAGAAUGUGGAACCAACUCUUACAUUUAUUCUUCGAGAUUCUGGUAUUGUUGUAUUGAAUAAUGAGCGAGGUUUCUCAGCUCAAAAUAUGAGAGCACUUUGUGAUGUUGGAAAUUCAACAAAGAAAGGAUCUACUGCUGGAUACAUAGGGAAGAAAGGCAUUGGUUUCAAGUCUGUGUUCCGAGUCACAGAUGCUCCAGAAAUUCAUUCCAAUGGUUUUCAUGUUAAAUUUGACAUUAGUGAAGGCCAGAUUGGUUUUGUUUUGCCCACAGUAGUACCUCCUUGUGACAUUGGGGUGCUCAGGAGGAUGGCAUCUACUGAUACUGAAUUGUGUGACGAUAAUCCCUGGAACACAUGCAUUCUGCUUCCAUUCAGAUCUCAUCUAUCAGAAGGAAUGGCCAUGAAUAGUGUUUUGUCUAUGUUUUCAGAUCUUCAUCCUUCACUGUUACUAUUUCUUCACCGCCUCAAGUGUAUCAAGUUAAGAAACUUGCUUAAUGAUACACUUACUGUUAUGAAAAAAGAAAUUUCAGGAGAUGGUAUCAUUAAGGUUUCUCAUGGGAAAGAGAAAAUAGUGUGGUUUGUAGUAUCUCAGAAGUUGCAAACAAAUUCCAUUCGCUUUGAUGUGCAGACAACUGAAAUUUCUAUGGCGUUUACUCUGCAGGAAUCAGAUAAUGGUUACAUUCCAUGUUCAGAUCAGCAGCCAGUUUUUGCAUUUCUUCCUUUAAGAACAUAUGGCCUGAAGUUUAUUCUUCAAGGUGAUUUUGUUCUUCCUUCAUCUAGAGAGGAAGUUGAUGGAGAUAGUCCAUGGAACCAGUGGUUAUUGUCAGAGUAUCCUAAUUUGUUUGUCAGAGCACAGAGAGAGUUUUGUGAACUUCCCUGUUUUAGGAGUGAGCCUGGAAAGGGACUGUCUGCUUUCAUGAGUUUUGUUCCUUUAGUUGGGGAAGUGCAUGGUUUUUUCUCCAGUCUUCCUCGCUUGAUUAUUUCUAAAUUACGUAUGAUGAAUUGCUUACUUGUGGACGGUGACAAUAAUGAAUGGGCCCCACCAUGCAAGGUAUUGAGAGGUUGGACAGAGCAGGUGCGUAAUCUUAUUCCUGACAACAUGCUUCUUGAACACCUUGGGCUUAUAUACCUGGAUAGAAAUAUAGUAUUGUCUGAUGAACUAGCAAGGGCACUAGGCAUUGAGGAGUUUGGGCCUAACAUUCUUGUUCGAGUACUGUCAUCUUUAUGCCAUACGAAGAGUGGUCUGAUAUCGAUGGAUAUGAGUUGGUUAGCUUCUUGUCUAAAUAUUCUUUCUGUAACAAUGUUCAAUUCGUCUGGCUCUGUGCCAAUCAAUUUUGAAAUGAAAGAUGUUCAGAAAAAUCUUCAAAAAAUGCCAUUUAUUCCACUUUCAGAUGGUACAUACAGCUCAGUGGAUGAAGGCACUAUAUGGUUGCAUUUCAAUCAUUUAAACACAGGAUUUGAUGGUGAGCAUAAAAUUGAAGCUUUCCCUAAUAUAUGUGCUAAACUAAGGACUGUAAGUCCUUUCCUUUUUUCUGCAUCUUCUGGUACUCCGAGCUUGAAUGUGACAUUUUUGGACAAUGUUACCCGGUUACUUCAGAGUAUUGGUGUUCAACAGUUGUCUGUACAUGAUGUUGUGAAGCUGCAUAUUUUACCUGCAUUGUCUGAUGAAACAAUGGCAAACAAAAACAGAGUGCUGAUGAUUGAAUAUGUAUGUUUUGUAAUGCUACACCUGAACUCGAGCUGUUCUGAUUGUUUUAUUGAAAGGGAGCAUAUAAUAUCCGAGUUUAGAUGUAAAUCUUUGUUAUUGACAAAUUAUGGUUUCAAGUGUCCUGCUGAGAUACCAAUUCAUUUCUGUACUGGAUUUGGGAAUCCUGUCACUCCAAAAAUGUUGGCUGAUAGUGUGAGUAUGAGGUGGCAUGAGGUUGACAUAAGCUAUUUAAGCCACCCAGUAAAUGAAUCAGUUUCAUCUGCACUGAUUAAGUGGAGGGAUUUUUUUGAGAAAUUUGGCAUCACAGAUUUUGCUCAAGUAGUUCAGGUGGAUAAGAGUGUUGUCGAUAUAUGUGAUGUCACAUUUAAGCAGAUGAUGUGGGAUAGGGGUCUAAUAUCUGCUGAGUCAAUAGUCAAAGAUUGGGAAUCCUCUGAAAUUGUGCAAUUAGUAUCCUUAUUGUCUAAAAGUGGCAAUCUAGAAAAUUGUAAAUAUCUCUUGGAGGUUCUUGAUACAUUAUGGGAUGUUUGUUAUAGUAAUAAAACUACGGGUUAUUUCUAUCUUAAAUCUGUUGGAGAUGGCCAUCCCUUUAAGUCUACUUUUAUAUGCAGCCUGUGUGAUAUCCAGUGGGUGGUUUCAACCAUGGAUGAUGAGCUACACUAUCCUAAAGAUUUGUUUUAUGAUUGUGAAACAGUCCGGAUGCUCCUUGGAGAUUUUGCACCAUAUGCUGUUCCAAAGGUGAAAAGUGAAAGAUUGGUAAAAGAUUUUGGGUUUAAGACUAGAGUUACUCUCGAUGACAUUUUUGAUGUUCUUAAAGCCUGGAGAAAAUCAUCAAAGACUCCAUUCAAGGCGAGCAUAACACAAAUGACCAAAUUGUAUGCAUUCAUUUGGAAUGAAAUGGCAUCUUCAAAGAAGAAAACUAUGGAAGGUUUGAUGUCUGGACCUUUUAUAUUUAUCCCAUACUCAUCUGUCUAUGAUCAUGAUGAUGCUGCAUGUGGGACGUUUGUGUCUCCCAAUGAAGUCUAUUGGCAUGAUUCAACUGGUUCUAUUCAGAAAAUGAAGGAGUUCCAUCCUCAAUGUGGCUCAUCUUCUUCCCCUAUAAACAAGUCAUUAUGCAAUAUUUACCCUAGUCUUCGUGGUUUCUUUGUUGAUGAAUGUCAAGUACAAGAGGCACCUCCUCUAUGCAGCUAUAUUCAAAUUAUGUUGCAGUUAUCAACUGUUACUUUGCCUUCACAAGCAGCAGAUAAAAUUUUGCAAGUUUUCCUCAAGUGGGCAGAUGGACUAAAAUCUGGUUUGCUGAGUGUUGAGGAUGUCACAUAUCUCAAAGAAUGUCUUUCAAAAUUGGAAUUUCCAGUGCUUCCCACUGUGCAAGAUAAGUGGGUUUCGUUGCAUCCUUCCUUUGGUCUUGUCUGCUGGUGCGAUGAUAAGAAGUUGAAAAAGGAAUUUAAACAUUCAGACAACCUCGACUUUCUCUAUUUCGGUGAACUGGUUGAGGAUGAUAAGGAAAUGGGGCAAGAAAAAAUUUCCAUCCUCAUGAAAAACUUAGGUAUUCCAGCUAUCUCAGAGGUGGUAACUCGGGAACCAAUAUAUUAUGGUCUUGCUGAUUGUAGUUUGAAAAAGUCAUUGGUAAACUGGACUCUGCCAUAUGCCCAGCGCUACAUUCAUAAAUUUCAUAUUGAUAAAUAUGAUAAACUCAAGCAGUCUGGUUUUGAUAUUUUCAACCAUCUGAAUGUCAUUGUUGUUGAGAAGCUGUUCUACAGGAAUGUUAUAAAGACCUGUGGCAGUGUAUCAAAAAAACGAGUCGAAUGUAGUUGUCUUUUGCAGGGAAACAUUUUGUACACCAUUAAAGAAUCAGAUUAUCAUUCCUUGUUUAUGGAGCUUUCUAGUUUGUUACUAAAUGGGACUUCUGAAUUGCACUUGGCAAAUUUCCUUCAUAUGAUAACAACCAUGACAGAAUCUGGUUCCUCUGAGGAGCAAAUAGAAUUUUUCAUUUUGAAUAGCCAAAAAGUACCAAAACUUCCAGAUGAAGAAUCUGUUUGGACAUUAUCUUCCGUGUCAUCAAUUGUAGAGGCUGAUAAGUUGAACCCUUCAGAUCAUGUCCCAUCAACAAAUGAACAGAUCUUUCCUAGAAGGAAGCCCGGAGUAUGCCCCAACUGGCCACCUGCUGGUUGGAAAACUGCACCAGAUUUCAGGUAUGCCCAGGCCAAUGGUUUCAAGACCAAACCUUCCCAGAUUAGCAGCUUUUCUGAAAUGAAGAAGGAUGACAAUUCAGCAAGCAUAAUUUCUCCACCAGUUUGUGCUGAACAAGGAUCAGUUACUGUUGACUGGACCUUCAAAGAAGAUCCACCAGCAAGUUCAGUGGCACUAGUGUUGCAUGAAAAUGAUAACUUUGAAGAUCAAUCUUGUCAUGAUUUUGAUCCCACUGCUUUUAGUAUCCAUGCUGAUUCUGAUCCUGUUAGUUUGGAUGAAUCUCUGGAUGAAGCUCAUUUCAGUUCACCAGCUUUUGGCAAGAGAGAUCAAUUACAAACUGGUACAUUUGAUGCUGCACAAGCAAAGGAAACUGGCAGAUUAGGUGAAUUUCUUGCAUGCAAAUACUUUGUCGAUAAAGUUGGCAAUACUGCAGUAAGGUGGGUUAAUAAAGAUAAUGAAACUGGACUUCCAUAUGAUUUAGUCAUUGGGGAGGAUAACAGCCAAGAAUUCAUAGAAGUUAAAGCAACCAGAUCUCCAAGAAAAGACUGGUUCAACAUAUCAGCGAGAGAGUGGCAGUUUGCAAAUGAAAGAGGCCAAUCUUUUAGCAUUGCAUUUGUCGCUAUAAUGGGAAAUAAUGUUGCAAGGGUCACGAUAUUCAAAGAUCCAGUGAAGUUAUGCCAGCGAGGUGAGCUGCAAUUGGCUGUUAUGAUGCGAAGACAACAGAAGCAGUUCUCUGUUGUCUCAUAGCUUCUGUUCUUGUUUUACUAUGUUGGGUGGAUAGACUUAGUGAAGCCCAUAUUAUGAUUUGCAAAAAGCUAUCUUUUGGCAUCAUGGCAUGCCAUAGAAAUCCAAUUGGAUAUCACUUAAUGCAAGAUAUGUUGAUCACGUGAGUUGUUGUACACAACAUUUUGCUGCUACAUGGAUUUGUUUCUUCUUUUGCAUGGAAGAUACCUGAUGCAAAUAGUGUGAGAAUACAAUAAGCAGAUUUUUUCUGCCUUCUCUUAUUCAUGGAGAUUCAGUUUCAUUCAGGUCUUCUUGAAAGUAGUUCCUGUCAGUUUCAGCUUUUUGUAUGUGUAUAUCUCUAGUGUUUAUGGCUGCAACAUUUGCGUGUAACAUAUUUUUCGUUUAAUUGGGCGAAGCUUAAGGUCCACAUCUGAGCAUGUAAAUACAAACUUGUCUACGCGGUUAUGUUCCACUAUCUAUUAAGACUUAUUACGCGGUUAUCCAUUUACUUGUAGUAUUUUGAUUUCUUUAUUUCUAAUUUUUUUUAGUUCGGAUCUAAAUAUUGUAGUGGCAAUUUUGUUUUUC